AUUCAUUAUGUGGCCAGACCACCUUAACAAAUCAUACCAUACGCUGCGUUACGUUACGUUUCAUUUGUCGUUGUGAUCAGCAAGCAAAGAACAAACAGAAAAUUUUCUGCUGUUUCACCUGUGCGGUCUGAUCAAAAUGUCUUCAACAUUCCAGAAAGUAUGUCGUGUUUGUCUCUCCGAGUCCGUUGGGGAAGAUGACUUCAUGGAAUUGGAUAAUACCUACAGUGAAACACUAUCCUUUUAUGAUCUCUACAAUUUUUGUACAAAACUAACGGCCAUAACGGACGAUGGUUUGCCCCGCCAUAUUUGCUUUGGUUGUAGAUCGGAUCUGGAAAUUGCUUAUCUUUUUGUGAAAAAAGCAUUGGCUUGUGAAGAAAAAUUAAAAAGUAUUCGUUCAAGUGAAGUUGAUGAUGAUGCAGUUGCUAAUGGUGGUUUAUUGUCAUAUAAAGAUCCCUUGGAAAAUUUAAGCGAAGAAGAGGAAGAUAAGGAGACGGUCAAAGGCGAAGAGCAGAUUGAUUGUAAGGAAUUUAAUGGAGAUUUUAAUAAUGAUCCCAGCCAGUUUAUUGCCCCAGAUUGUACAAAUACAACAGAUAAUGGAGAUGAUAAUAACUUUGAAGAUUUUACACAAUCGCCUGCAAUGAUACCAUUUACCCCCACCACUGCUGCCAAUGUAGACAGUGAUGAUGAUGACGAUGAUUACGAUGGAGGUGAUAACGAUGAUAGCGAUUUUCUUGUCUCAAUUGAAUCACAAAUCUUUCCACAAGGUCAAUUCAAAUGUAAAAUAUGUGACAAAUUCUAUUUCACCACCGUUGGUCUGAAUGCCCACAUGGAAGUGCAUGAACCAAAAAUUAAGACAAUUUCGAAACCUUCCACGUCCAAUGGUUCGAGAAAACGAAAACGACGGAAAGCAAAACCCACAACAUCAGAUGACAGUGAGGAGGAGGAAGCAAAGCCAGAGCCGGAUGGAGUAAAAGAAACCAAAGAAGUUAAGAAAAAAUCAAAGAGCAGUCAACCAAAACCAAAGAAAACCUUUCCCUGUAAUAUAUGUGGCAAGGAAAUGAUUUCGGCAUCAAAAUUAAGGUACCACAUGGUCAUGCACACCGGGGAAAAGGAUUACCUGUGUACCAUGUGUCCCAAAGCCUAUUCCACAAUCUAUGCCCUGAAACAUCAUAUGCGUGCCCAUACCGGCGAACGUCCAUAUGAGUGUAAAUUUUGUGGUGAUCGUUUUCUGAGACCCACCACCCUUAAGAGUCACAUGCGUCGCCACACGGGCGAAAGGCCAUACGGUUGUGAGAUCUGCGGCAAACGUUUCAUACAACACUCAUCGAUGGCAACCCAUAUGAAAUUAAAUCACAUGGACAAGACCAUUGCCUGUCCGUAUUGUGAAAAGAAAUAUGCCAGACAGACGGAUUUAAAUGUUCAUCUUCUAUCGCAUAGUGGCGAUAAGCCGUUUGCCUGUAAGCAAUGUCCCAGCCGUUUUACCCGACAAUCAAAUUUGAAUAAACACAUGAAUCAGCAACAUAAUCAGGGUGUGGAUCCAACGGCCAAAGGGAAAUAUAUACGCUCAACAGCACCAGCGACAAGCGCUACUUUGAAAUUGGAACAAUUACCCUUUGCAGGAGGCAUUGCACAGAACGCAAAACAAUUACCUUCGAUAUCCACUACUUCAUCCAAUGAAAUUGUGAUUCCCAAUGCUACGGAUUUUGAUAAAUUUAUUACACCAAAUUGGCCGCUCGAGCGAACGUAACUUAAAUUGAUAUGUUUACUUUGUUUAAAGGAGAUCUCCUUCUCAUCAAAUUCUAGCCAAUUUUUGUCGAAAAUGUCAAUGUUGAACCUGAGGUUUUGAACCACACUAUCCCAUUAGAUAAUUGAAAUGUGUUUUAUAAAAUAAACUCUGAUAAACUCAAGAA